AUGGAGUCAUCUGCCUCAUUUGGAGUGGUCCUUGCUGUCCUGGCCUUCCUCAUCAUUGCCGUGAAUGCACUAGUGGUUGUGGCUGUGCUGUUGUCAAUCCACAAAAGUGAUGGUGUUGGUCUCUGCUUCACCUUGAAUUUGGCUGUGGCUGACAUCUUCAUUGGUGUGGCUAUCUCGGGCCUCAUCUCAGAUGAGCUCUUCAGCUCUGUUCAGCCCACACAGAAGACUCUAUGCAGCCUUCGAAUGGCAUUUAUCACUUCUUCUGCAGCUGCCUCUGUGCUCACGAUCAUGCUGAUUGCCUUGGACAGGUACCUUGCCAUUAAGCAACCCCUUCGUUACUUUCAGAUCAUGAAUGGGCUCGUGGCUGCGGCCUGCCUUGUCGGCCUGUGGUUGCUGUCUUACCUCAUUGGCUUCCUGCCAUUUGGAGUCUCCAUAUUUCAGCAAACCACCUACCACAAGGUCUGUACUUUCUUUGCUGUAUUUCACCCAAGAUUUGUGCUGAUGUUGUCCUGCGUUGGCUUCUUCCCAGCCACGUUCCUCUUCAUCUUCUUUUACUGUGACAUGCUCAAGAUUGCCUCCAUGCAUACCCAGCAGAUCAGAAAAAUGGAACACACAAGAGCCAUGGUUGGAGCUUACCAGCCCCCACGGUAUCCCACCGACUUCAAGGCUAUCCGCACCGUGUCUGUUCUCAUCGGGAGCUUCACUUUAUCCUGGUCUCCCUUCUUUAUCACUAGCAUUGUGCAGCUGGCCUGCCAAGAGUGCAACCUCUACACGGUGCUGGAAAAGUACCUGUGGCUGCUUGGAGUAGGCAACUCCCUGUUCAACCCACUCAUCUAUGCCUAUCGGCAGAAGGAAGUGCGACAACAGCUCUGUCACAUGGCCCUGGGAGUGAAGAAGGGGCUCACUUCAUUCCUUCUUCUCUUCCUAGCCAGGAAUGGGCAUCCAGAGAGGCCCAGGGAAAGUUCCUGUCACAUUGUCACUAUCUCCCACUUGGAGCUUGAUGGCUAA